UUUGUCUCAUGAACUGAAAUAAAUAAAUUGAUUUGAUUCCUAUAAACAGAACAUAUCGAAGGCAAGUUUGAGCCCCGUCAGGUGGCAGCAUGGAUAAAAAUGCAAAAGCAGUGGAUGAGAGCUCUUUUCAAACGAAAGUAAAGAUGUGCCAAGUUAUUGUAUUGUUUAGUGGGUAUUCUACAAAACUAGAUGAGACGUUGAAAGCAAAUUGUUCUUGUACAUUGAUAAAAGCGUCGAGGAAUAUUAUCGUCGACACCAUGACAGCUUGGGAUCGACAGAGAAUAAUCGAUGCACUUGCCGAACAUGAUAUAACAGCCGAUCAAAUUGAUUAUGUUGUUUGCACUCACAGCCAUGCCGAUCAUAUCGGAAAUAACAAUCUCUUCCUAAAUGCGGAACACAUAAUCGGAACUUGUGUCCAUCGCGGCGACGAGUUCUUCGAAAGGAAUUUUGAAAACGGUAAACUCUGUUCAGUCUUGCUCCUUUCAACAUUCAAUCAGAACAUGAUUAAUUUUAAUCGAAUAUCUACAGAGGGAUAUCGAAUUUGUCCUGGAGUAAGAGUCGUAGCAACUCCUGGACAUACGUCGGACGAUGUCACGGUCUUGGUCGAUACAACUAUUUCCAGCAAGUCAAUAUGUUUCGCUAUAACAGGCGAUCUGUUUGAAAAAGAAGAUGACAUAUUGGAUCCAUCCAUUUGGAAAGAAUUCGGAACCGCAGAAUUGCAGGCAACUCAGUCACGUAUGAGAUCUGACAUCAUGCAUCUGGCGAAUUUCAUAGUACCUGGACACGGGCCAAUGUUUGCUGUUACCGAGGACUUGAGGAAAAUUAUUAAAAGUCAAAUAAUCGUGUAAAAUUUAAUUAUGGUUCCUUUCAAUUAUUUUUACAAAUACUUUAUUAAACAUUGUAAAGUGUAGCACAUAGUAUCACAACAUUUUUAUUCUAUAUAUAGGUGUAUACAUUUCCUGAUGAUUACAUAUCGUUUGAUUCACUAACGUAUAGAAAAGAACAUCUGUAAUUGCCACGUGCUAGAAUCCUGCUUGUUAAUUGUUGAAAGUCAAUCAGUAAUCGGUUUUCGCGUAGCUAAAAUAAUUUACUAAUUUAAAUAUAAAUAAAUCUAGAAAGAAUUGCGUAGACGUAUCGCAGACAUAGUUUUUCAACGUGUCGUGUUGCUCGUAAUCGUCCUAUAAGGUUUGAACUACGUAUUCAGAUAUUUUUGUCAAGUGUUCACAGCCAACAUCUAAAAUAAGAUUUCACGUAUCUCUUUUUCCAUUUUCGCUUUUAUAUUUCAUGUUUUACGCGUUACUGGUAAUAAAUCAUAUUUGAACAUAUUCGUACAUCAUAUACACUCCUUAAUAGUACGUGGUCAAUUGUAUAUCAGUGAUUAUUCGACGAGCCAUGCAUUCCGCGACACUAUCGCGGAACUUUAAAAAAUAACUGAGUUAAGUUUAGAAGACAAUACCAUUUUAUUUAAUUCCCAUGUUCUCGAUAGUGUAUCCUUUUGCAGCUUUAUUGAAAUAAAUACUGUGAUCCUGUGUCAUCCAAAGAA